AUGGACGCAUACCAAGGCUACAGAGAGCCACCGCUCGCCAGAUCCCCACCCGAAAGGACAAGCUGGGGUGGACGUGAUGAUGGUUAUAGGCCUGCUGAACGUGCGGAACCGCGUGAUAACUUCUAUCGUGGUCGGUCUCCUGGCAAUGACCGUCGAACUCGUCCUCGCGAGCGAACUCGUUCACCACCUAAUGUAGACCGGUACGAGCCUGCGGGCCGCCCGCCAAGAGAUGAUUAUGACAGAGCUAGAGAGCGUGAUCGCGGUGAACGUCGCCGACCAUCGCCAGGUCCAGCCAACAUUGAUCGAUAUGUUCCAGGCCAAGAUUCAGGUCCUCAAAUCACCGUCAACCCGUUGGCAGACCCUGCAUCCUUGGCUUUCCAGGUCGGAUUUUCAUACUUUGGAGAGUGGUGGCGCACGAAUGAGAAGAUCAAGGACGAACGUGAACGCGCGAGGACUGGAAAGCGUGGAGAACCUCUCCGACCUCGUGACAACCCCGAAGAUCGUGAGAAGGAGAAGGCUCGCAUUCAAGCCGCGUACGAUGAAUACAAGGAGGAGCUACAGGCUAAGAUGGCGAGAGCAUUUGUGCAAGAGCACAAAGGCGAACAAUGGUUCCAGGAGAGAUACUAUCCGGAAGUCAAAGAUCCUUUGCGCAGUAAACUGAACGAAUUUCGACGAGGUAACUACAGUCAAUGGGAGCAGGAUCUGGAGUCUGGAACAUUCGAUGAGUAUUCAUUGGAGGGCAUUCCAAAGAGCGAGAGCAACGGUGCUGGUGGGGUGGUUGAGAAGGAAGAAGGCGAAACAACCGCAGCGAAUGAGGUUCUUGGUGUUGGUGAUCUUGUUCCAUCCAAAGGCAGUGAUAUCCGAGAUGAGAACGCUUUCCAGCCAACUCUUCUUAUCAAAACCAUCGCCCCUCAUGUCAAUCGCAUAAAUCUAGAAGCCUUCUGCAAAGAGCAUCUAGGUGAAGAUGAGGGCGGGUUCAAGUGGUUGAGCUUGAGCGAUCCAAAUCCAAGCAAGCGCUACCAUCGGAUUGGUUGGGUUAUGCUUCAUCCUGCUCCUGAAUCUGUCCCUAUUGUCGAGCGUCAAGAAAUGAUGGAUGAAGGUGAAGAGGGAGAGGGAGACGUCAAAACGAAGGACCCGAUACCCCAUUCUACAGCUGAAAAGGCUCUCGACGCAAUCAAUGGUAAAACGGUCAAAGAUGAGGUUAGGGGAGAUUUCACAUGCCAUGUCGGUGUCCAUGCGCCUCCCAAUCUUCCCCGGAAAAAAGCUUUGUGGGAUCUGUUUUCAGCUCCUGAGCGGAUUGACAAGGAUGUAGACUUAGCUCAGCGCCUUGUGCAAAAGUUCGAGGAAGAUUUCGGAUCAGACUUCAAUGCUGUUCUGAAGAUUGAGGAGAGAGUUGAGGAUCUGAAGAAUCAAGGUCGCUUACUUCCUCCUGUCACUGCACCUACUGCCAAGAAAGAAAAGAAGUCUCGCGAUUUCCUUGGUCUUGACGAAGCGAUGGAUGAGGGUGAAGAGGGAGAAGAAAUCGAGGAGGAUGAAGAAGAAGGUGCUCUGGAUGAUGAGGUCGACGACGAAGAGCUGCUUAUAAAAAAGAAACAGCUUGAUCUCAUGGUCGAAUAUCUCCGCCGUGUCUUCAAUUUUUGCUUCUUUUGCGUCUUCGAAUCCGACUCUAUCCACGAGCUCACUCGGAAAUGUCCAGGAGGUCAUCUUCGCAGACCACGCAACACUUUGACUACUUCUGCCAAAGCUGCUGCACGAGCCAGCGCUUCAGGCGAGCCUUUCCCAGGAAAGAAGCGUACAGGUACCGACAUGGCGGAUGAUAUAGACAUGCAGACUCCAGUAUCUCCUGAAGGUGAUCGAAAGUUUCCACGCAGUGGCGUAGCUUCCAAAGCAGAUCAACAACUUCAACGUGCUUUCAACUGGGUCAAGACUUUCGAGGACAAGAUCUUGCAGAUUCUCGAGCCUGAAGCAGUUGACGUUCGAAAGCUUGGUGGCAAGCCAACUGAAGAAGCACUAAAAGAGGAACUUGUUAAAUUUGUCAAGCAAGAGGAUGACCAUAAAUUCAGGUGCCGAGUUCCGGAUUGUGCAAAGUUGUUCAAGGAGGAGCAUUUCUGGAAGAAGCAUGUUGAGAAGCGUCAUCCUGAGUGGUUGGAGGGAAUGAAGAAAGACUUUGACCUGAUCAAUACUUACGUUAUUGACCCUGCCCACAUUGCACCGUCUCGAAGUGAUGCCAACAGCAAUGGUCAUUUCCCACCCGCCAAUGGGCACAUGCCUGCUGGAACACCUCGUGGUUUUAACCUUCAAAAUUUCGGUAUGAAUGGCAUGCCUCUAAUGCAAGGGUUCGGUCCCCCAGGCAACUUCCCUCCUUUCCUCGCAGGCCAUGCAGUCCAAGCACCACUUGGCUGGCCUGCCGGAGAUACUCGCGGUGGUCCAGUGCGUCGUGGUGGAAGACAAUUCCCAACCUCUCGCACCGGUCCAUAUGAUCGCCAACCGAGAAAUCAGCGUUGGGGUAGUGAUAACGGCCGACUCAGCCCUCCUCCCGGCGCAAGACGCGGUGGAUUAGCAAGUGGUGGUGGAAGAUGGGGCGAUGGUGCAGCUGGUGGUGCUGCAGUUGGACCUCGGGAAGCUGUCCAGGGCAGAAGUCUCAAGUCGUAUGAGGAUCUUGAUGCAGUUGCUGGUGGUGGGUCUGGAGAACUUAACUACUGA